CCAAAAUAGUAACAGUUAUACACAGUGUGAAACAGUAGUCUGUAAUCGAUUUUGGACAGGAAUAAAUUACAUUUUUUGGGUUAAAUAGGCUUUUGUGUCGCUGUAUUCAAGAAAAAUGGAAAGCCUAAAUAACGAACAGACGGACACAAUGUCGGGAAGUUUUCUACAGACGUCUAUAGCAUUUUUCUUGUUUACACUAGAGUGGUUUCAUAUAUGGGGACAUACACUAAUUUUGUUCCGAGUGCGGUUACUUCCGCGUAAGGAUCUGGUUCGAAUUAGAUACUACUUUUUGGUCGAUCUUCUCACCGUGUUUUCAUCAUCGAUUCUGUUUACUGGAAAACUAAGAUGGCUGGCCGUUCUUCAAAUAAUUCAACAUGCAUACUACUUCGUCUUUUGGGAGAAGAACUGGGUGUCUAGAAAGAUUGUUACAUGGAGCUCAUUAGACUGGUUCAAAAGCGACCUCAGAACACGCUGGGAACUCGACUCAAUUAUUGGCACCACAUUUGAUAUUGUGGUCCAUGUAUGUAUGGCGUACUAUUUGGGACAAUACCUGGAUGUUGUAGAAGUAAUGGUCGCCUUGUCUAUCGUACAAGUGGGCGUACUCGUGUUGCUGUUCGGACCUUAUUAUGCAUGGGCCGCACCAGGAAAGGAACCUGCUUGGAUUGAAAAGAGAAUUCACCCUGAGAAAAUAAAGGAGGAAUAAUAGAAAGCAGUUUUAUUUUGCACAAAUUUUAACACCAUUUUCUUGUUUUAUUUUAUCAGCGAUAAAUUAUUACAAAAUCUUAUACACCUGUCUUAACGUAUUAGAUAAGUAACUAUUGUUACAGUGGCAUUCUUGUAUGGAAACUGUUUGGCUAGAAAUAUAUGUCUGUAAAUUGAAAGAGCGGUGACCAUAAUGUGCUUGCGUUUUACAGACUAGACAGUGCUUUGUAUUGGUAAAUAUAUAAUGUUAUAUCACAUACAAAAAUAAAUGGCUACCUUACAUCAGAACCAAUACAGAUGGUGUGACUUUCAUAGCCAUAUAAACCAGGAACCAGGAGGUUAAAUCCCUGUAUCAAAUGAAAUACGUGCUCAUAGCUCACGCGUUGUCAACAACUUCCUGUUUAUAAAGAAACCAGGACCUUAAUAUCGAUUAAUGUAUGUGUAUAACAGACUUCUGUAUUUCAAUGUUUGAAGUAAACUUAGUAAAUAAGUGAGCUAAUAGUUAUGAAAGAAGAAAAUACAAUGUAGUUCAACCUUUGCAAAGCAAUUCCCUUAAGGAACUAUUAGUUGUGUUUUGCAAGGUGUUCUCUGUAUGAGGUUUAUUUAAGUGUUUAUUCCUUUAUUAGGAAGAUUUGAUACUGUCGUUUAGCGGAUUGUUCUCUGCAGGCGGUCUCUCGACAAAAGUUAUACUAUAUUAUGAGAAAAUUUUGCUGACAAAUGAAAAGCAAUAAAUAUUUUAUUCACAAUAUUAAGUAUUCCAAUUUGGCUGUGAUAUUCUUCUCCCCCGAUUUGUAUUGUAAUUCUGUCCACCAGAAAAUAUUAUAUUGUAAAAGUCGAAGAAAAUGGAAAGUCUUAUAAUGAUGAAACUUUAUGUUUUAUAUAUAUGUCUACAAAACUUGGUGGCAGUAUAUAUAAGGCUUAAUUGUUAAUUCAUAUUGACUUUCUAUGUAUAAAGAUUUUGUAACAAUGGCUUUUUCUAUGUUAUGAGUUUUGUUAUGUUUAAGUGUUGCUUAUAUGUUAAGUGUGCAUGGUUAUGUUCUAAUUAUUGUGUUUUUGUAAGGUUAAUAUUUGGCUAUAACUUGGCUAUGGCUACGACUUGGCUAUAACAUGGCUGCAACUUGGCUAUAUCUUGGCUAUAAUGUAGCUGAGUUUAGACCCCUUGCCAAUAAGUGCUGUUUAAACAAUGCAAACGUUUUUUUCAAACGAUAUUUUCAUUUAGCUCAGAUUUUGCUUUCUUUAUGCUUUUUUCUCGUGUACUUUUUGUUUAAUUUAUUGUAAAAAGAUUGAGUUAUGUUUAGACAUGUAUUAGUUUUGAUUUAUUUUGUUCAUGACAUUGUUGACUCAUUUUUUUCAUAUUAUAACUCUUUUAUAUGAUUGUUAUUUUGCCUAAAUACAAUGCAAUAUUUUUUUUCAAAUUUUCAAGGUAAAGUGGAUAUCUGCAUUUUAGUUCGACUAUUCGAUAAGAAUAAGCAGAGCUAUUGUAGUCAUCCGAGCGUAGGCGUCGGCGUAACCACUUCUGUUAAAGUUUUUGUAACACCUCAAAUAUUUUCAAAGUCCAAUGACAUAUGGCUUUGAAACUUUGCACACUUGUUCACCAUCAUGACCCCAACCUGUAGACAGGAGGAGGUAACUGUAUCAAGCAUUUUGACAGAAUUAUGCCCCUUUUUCGACUUAGAAUUUAUGUUAAAGUUUUUGUAAUACCUCAAAUAUUUUCAAAGUCCAUUGACAUAUGGCUUUGAAACUUUGCACACUUGUUCACCAUCAUGACCCCAACCUGUAGACAGGAGGAGGUAACUGUAUCAAGCAUUUUGACAGAAUAAUGCCCCUUUUUCCACUUAGAAUUUACAUUUAAGUUUGCAUACCACCUCAGACAUUUUCAUAUUCUAUUGACAUCUGGCUUUGAAACAAGUUGAAAUUUUAUACUCUUCUUUGAGAGCAUAAUAGGACUCUCUUCAAGGCCUAUAACUGUAACAUGGAUUUAAAGAAAAAAAUUGCCCUUUUGUUAACUUAAAAUUUUUUACAUUAUCAAGGCUUUUUUUACUAUCAAGCACUAAGAAUAGUCGAGCGUUGCUGUCCUACCGACAGCUCUUGUUUAACUAAAUGAAUAAAUAUGUUUAGAUUUUACUAGAUUAUGGACUUGAUUAUUGCAUAAUCUUUAAUGAAAUAUUUUGAAAUAGGAACAUUAUUUGAUUCAAACUAAAAUAUAAAUCAGAUUAUUUGAUUUUGGAACAUGAAAUUUAGGUAUCGAAUAAGACAAAUAUCUAACAUUUGUAUUGAAAUUGAGUUGCAGUAACAAUUUCAGGCAACUAAGUAUCAAAAGUGUUGUUGUAACUUUAUCACACAGGAAGUGGUAUUUGCACCUGUAAUACAGUGUAAAAUAGCUUACACACUAUCUAGAUAAAUUUGAUUUUUAGCUUACACCAGUUUGUGUGUAACUUAAGUCUUCGCUCUUGAAGGAUUUUUGCAUGAAAGAACAUUACAAACAUACACUUUUAAAUGGCAGGUCUUAUUCAUGGUGAAAGUUCUUGGAAGGCUGUUCUAUACUUAAAAUAAGCGUUGUUGGAGAGAACCUAAUGACACUUUUUAAUGUAUAUACGUGUUAAGUUAGUAUUCUUAAAAUCUUAAAUCAAUGCAUUCUUUAUGAAAUUUUUAUCUUUAUUUAAUGUGAUAUGCUUAAAUUAUAUUGAUUUAUAUUAUAUUUUAAUCAUUUUGCUUGUUUCUUUUUGUUUGCUUUUUAUCAUUUUUUUAUGUCUCCUUGACCGUACGAAUGGUUUUAUGUACAAUAAUUUCGAAACUUGUAUCUUUUGUUCAUUAUUAAAUUUUAAGAUUUCACAUAAGAUUUUUGCAAAAAAUACAUAUGAUAACUGAUCAACGUAUGAAUAUUUAAGGGUAGGUUACAUAUAUUUCUUGUAAAAACAUGAUGUUUGUAUUUAACGAGAAAUUACACACUCCAAGUCAUUUUAUUUACAUAAUUUUAACGUUUAAUUAGGUAAAAGUAAUGUUUAUGGCAUUAGACAUAUUAGAGCUUGAAUUGUUUUUCACCAUAAUUUAAUUGAGCCGCGUCAUGACAAAACCAACAUAUGGGUUUGCGACCAGCAUGGAUCCAGACCAGCCUGCGCACCCGCGCAGUCUGAUCAGGAUCCAUGCUGUUCGCUAUUAGUUUCUCUACUUGUAAUAGGGUUUGUAAGCGAACAGCGUGGACUCUUACAAAACGAGAAAUGUAUAAUAGCCACCACCCUAAUUCACCAUUAACACCAACGUUAUGUGUAUUUGUUGUGACAUUUACACACAACUUAAGGUGGAUAUUUUAAAUUCUUUAGAUUUGGAAUGACUCCAUUCUUCAGCAGAGUAAAUAAGUUAAGAUUAAACCUACAAAUUAAUUAAACAAUUGGCAUUUGAGUUUAUGUUUUAUAUCUUAUCAUUUAUAACUAUUCAUUGAUACAUACCUAUAAUGUCUUUAAGUGCUUUGCCAAUUAAAUGUCCCUAGUUUUAAGCUACAAGUGCGAGAAGAAAUGAAAUAAGUAAUAGGGUACAAUAUUGUUAAGGCUGUUGUUUCUAAAAGUUUGCCCAUUGUACACACAUUUUUCAAUUGUAAUCAUUCCUACCUCUUCACAAUAACUUUUGUUUUAAUGCAUCGAAAUAUAUAAAUUAUAUAGAUUAUCUAAACUUUAUUCCAAAUAUUCUGAUAUUUUACCAUGUCAUCAGCAAAUAACAAGAUAAUUAUAUCAUCAAUUUGAAAACCUGCAUUAAUGUUAUUUUGGAGAUAUAAUUCUAGGUUUUCAACCGGUAAUGAAAACAUCAGAAACAAAAUUACCUCCCUUUGCCUUAUGAUCAACUCUUAUUUAACAUCCACAUGAUUUGUUAAGCAAAGGAAAUAUAAUCUUUUUUUUCUGAUUGAUUAACAAAGUAGCUGUUAUUAAAAGCUGCAGGCCUCCAGAUGAGCCUGAAUAUGGCAAGAAAAUCAAACUUGAGAAAAAAGUAGUAAUAUUUGAAGAAAAGUAGAUUGAUUCAAGAUUCAAGUAUUAAUCUACAUGUUAUAUGCGAUUUAAGACUGAUCUCGCAGCAUUUAU